AGUUUAACGCGGACAUUCAUAUCGUUCGGACGCGAAAGUUUCGUAGCGAGACUCGUAUCGUCCGCACGCAAUCCCACGGAUCGCAGUGUUCGAAAAAUUUUAAAAAUAAUUUUAUUGAAUUUUUUCUCGUAAUCAUGGUGCGUACUAAAGACGGGGACGGUAUAAAAAGUAACUUAAUAGUUACCGAAGUGCAAAAGAGGGCAUGUUUGUACGACACGAAUGAUCCUAAUUACGGAGAUAGGGCGGAGAAGGCGAGGUGCUGGGAGGAAGUGUACGAGUGCGUGGUGCCGUGCUGGAUCACUCUCGGGCAGGCUGAGAAGUUAUCAGCCGGUAAAGAGGUCCAGAAGCGUUGGCGUUCGAUCCGCGACUCGUACACGAAGGCGUACCGCCAGGGCAAGUGCGUGCUGCCCGACCAGUGCCAGCCGGGCAGCCGCCGCUACCAGUACCACAGGCAGAUGUCCUUCCUGCUGCGAGCGCUACAGAACAAGAAACCUAGAUAUUCGCAAGACAAGUACGAGUCGUUCUCAGAAGUUUCCAAUUCACCCCAGCACCCGCCACCGGAAGAUCUGCCCAAGAUCAAGACGGAAGUCAUAGACAAACCGCUCGACCUUAAAACUAAGUCAGACAAACCGGAAGUGCCGGACAAGCCAGAGACACAAGACAAAUGCAACCAAGCUACCAUAGAGCAAGAGAUACCUAUAGAAAUGAAAAAUCCAUCGCUAGAAAUUAAAAUUGAUGCAAACUCUAUCCUGCCAGAGGACCAUUUCAACGACGAUAGAAUGUUUAUGAACUCACUACUGCCACUUUUUAAGAAAAUGGACGACGACACUAGGUUGUUGUGCCGUAUUGAAGUUUUGAAAAUAAUUAGGUACGCAUUACAAGGUCAUAAGUGUUUUGAAGCGUUAAGAUUGGCGGAGGAUAGUUUCUUUAAGAAUAAAAUAAGUGGUAUUCUGGCGAAGGAGGAGAGCACUGAGACGUCCAUAAACAAUACUCGGACAGAGUCGAGAUUGUCUAUGACGACUAGAUCAGCUGACGGAAGCAGACCUGUUAGGAAACGAAAGACUCGUUCGCCUUCGCCGGCACCUGUUCCUGUUAAACGGAGAGGACCAGGACGUCCCAGGAAGAUUCGUCCGCCGCCAUCUGAUUCUGAUGAGGAGCAGGUUGUGAAGAGAAGGUGUCCCAAGCUGAAGGUGCCGGCGAUAGAACCGGCCCAGAUGUCCGAGAUGGAGGAGUCGCUGAGUAAAGCGACCAGCGUCGCCCAACUGUCCACACCACUCUUCAUGAAGAUGUACAACUUGGAACGUUCGAAGUCAGCGCCGCUACAGACGCCACAGACUAUGCACGUCACCAUCAAGACGGAACCGCUCGACGAUCCACAGACUAGCUAGACCUCUUAGUAUAAACAUUUUUAUUUAGGAAUUCUAUGCGAUCUGUUUCGAAUUUAAUCGACGAUCAUGAUCGAUACAUCGAUUAUCGAGUUUGUUACAACGAUGCUAAAGGUAGAAAUGUGAAAUAUUCGUUUUCAAAUAUGAAACUUUUCUUAGUGCGAGUUCUUGAUAUGAAUAUUAAAAAAUAUGUUAAUAUUUUGUUCGUUUGUUUCGAUUGUCAAGAGAUGACAUUAUUUGGUAAACAAUAGCUAUUUUCGUUAUACAAAUUGUCUUGUUGUUUCCAUUAACGAUAUGUAUGAAACGACAUGCC